CACAAAACUCUUCAGUGACACUGACGUCCAGGACGAUGGGAAAAAUGCUGGAGAAACCCUUCCUAUGGCUUCUGAAGAUGAUAAAUAUUACAGCAGAAAUCAGGACUCUUCAGGCUCUUCUCCUGCUGUGCUGUUUACUGUGUGCGGCUGGAGACGAGACGGUCAAACUGCAGGAAGUGGAAGGAACCACUAUAACUCUCCAUACUGGGAGAACUGGAAUUCAGAGUGAUGCUCAGAUUCUGUGGUCUUAUGGACCUGAAAAAGCACAGAAAAAGAUAUUGAACAGUCAGGUGUUUAAAGGAGAAACUGUUACAGAAAUCAGUGAGAGAUUUAAAGAGCGACUGCAGCUGGACAGAACCAGUGGAGCUUUAACCAUCAGGAACAUCAGCAGAAAUGAUUCUGGAGUUUAUUUAUUACAAGUCAUCGCUGAUGAUAUCAUAUCCAGGACGUUCAGUGUCAGUGUUUAUGCUCCAGUAUCAACUCCAGUAAUAAGAAAUGAAAGAGGAAAUGGAAGUGUGUCUUCCACAGAGCAGUGUUUCCUCCUGUGCACUGUGGAGAAUGGAGAAGAUGUGAAGUUAUCCUGGUACAGAGGGAAUGAGAGACUCAAUAUCACCAAUAACACAGAUCUCAGUGUUCCCCUCAAUCUCCCACUUCAAAUACAACUCCAUGAUAAUAACACUAACACUUAUAUCUGUGUGUCUGCAAACCCUGUCAGCAAUAAAACAACUUCUCUCAACAUCGCACAGCUCUGUGAUCAUAACUCAGGCGUGGUCCACACAGGCCGAUGAGCAGCGCUCCGAGUGGAGCAGUGAUGAGGAUGGAGAGAACGGCCACGCUCAGCACGUCCAUACCAAAACGCUGAAGCUCCUCAUCCUGCUUCACACGCGCCAUGUCCAGAGCCGUC